GAAAAAGGUCGAGGUAACUCUAAUAAUUGUUGUUGAACGAAGCGGUUUGGGUUUGAUCCAGUUCAUAACAAUAAUGAGGAUGGUGAUGAAUGUGCGUGCGUGUGUACGAUACGUCAUUACGAGAAAAUGAAUCUGCGAACAUAUUCUUUACACCAAGUUGGCUUCAAAUAAAUAAUUGCCGCGAAAAGUCCACAAUAUUGAAUCGAUGAGCCAGUCUCUCAUUGGCUCCAUUAUUUUAUUUUUGAUUAUGUCAUGGCCCACUCUAUCGAUACACAAUCAAUUCUUCUUUCUCAAAUUUACCAUCAUCUCUUUUUUCAUCAUUUUCGAAGCAAAAUUCCCUAAUUAGUGAAUUUAUUGAUACUUUCAACCGUGGGCUUAUCAAAAGCGAAUUUUCGAAUACCAUUUGGAUUUUCUUUCACUUGAACUAAUAGCCUUUGAUUUGAAAUAGCAUCGAAUUAUUGCAUUUGGAAAUUAUUCAGUGCAUUUUUCAAAAUGAUUUUCUAUAACCGCCACUUAUAAAUUAAAGACCCCAAGAUCCAGAAAAAAUGGUCAAAAUAGAUGAAAUCCAUACAAUCAAUAAUGCGGCUUUAUAGUGGUGUAUGUUUACAAACAGUAAAUACGAUGCAUGUACGUAUCAAAUUUUCCAAGCGUUCGCCGUACAUGUCCUGCCGUCUAAAAUUCAAAGUUUUUCUGUGCACGCACAACAAAGCGUAUAAUUCUACCGCAACGAAUCUUCCGUUCGUAUCGCAACAUGUGUUUAUAUUAUGCGUAGAAAAAGUGUCGUUCGCAACAAGCUUGUACGCAAGUACAUUUCCCAGCUGAAUUUUUACCAAUCCCAAAAAGUGUGUUGAUUAGAAUAGAAUGGAAUUUUGUCUACAAUUUUUUGAAAGAAAAAACUAUCUAGAUUUAUUAGUGUUUAUCUAAAUGUUUUUUUAGUUUGAAAAAAUCUCAGGGUAUAUCCGUAAUUUUUAGAGAAUACAAUAAAAUACAAAAGGAAUUAAGUGAUUCAUAACAAUAGAAAAAAUCGAUAGUUAAUGCGUAAUAGCGUAUUCAAAAUGUGAUUUAAAGGAAACAAACGUAAUAUUUAUUUAUUUAAAGUCGAACAAAAAGUGUAAAGAAAAUUCAAUUCAAAAUGCCAACCACAUGCAAAAUGAACUUUGGAAAUCAUCCAGAAAAGAUUGUUUUCAGUGGACAAACAAUAACAAUAACGGUGCGGCUGAGUUUGACAGAAGAGAUAAAGGUUCGCGGCAUUUACAUUCACUUGCGUGGAAAGACGCAUGUACGUUUCCUGAUAGAUGAUUUAAAGCGAGAUGGCUCGUUCGUUGGCAACGAAGAUAUUUUGGAUAUGCAAAAGUGCUUGGCAGACGGAAAUGAUGGUGAAAUUCAACUACUGCCUGGAACUUAUGAUUAUAUGUUUAAAUAUUCGUUGCCGCACGGUUUGCCAUCAUCAUUUUCAAGCAAUUGUGGACACAUCGAAUAUACCGCACAAGUUUCGCUUAAAAUUCCACGAUGGAAAGACAAAGUGUUCGAAGAAAAUUUCAUUGUAUAUAAAGCACUCAAUUUAAAUGACUAUCCAGAGCUACGAGAUCCGGUUAUAAUUCAAAAAGAAGUAUUUACUGAUAUAAGACGAUUUUUGAAUACAAACCAAGUGGGACCAUUUAAUUUUUCGAUUCGCAUGAAAUCCGGCGCUUACUCUCAUUGUGAAACAAUUAACGUUGAAAUUGAAGUUAAAAACGAAACUCAACAUGCGAUCCUUGCUUUUUAUGUUAAUUUAGUUCGA